AUGGACAAUUCAAGGGGAUUACGAAGAAUUUAUACGUCAUUUGGACUACCUUGGUAUAUAAUUGUGUACUGGUUCAUAUAUAAUGUGACUGUACCUUUAGCCGUGUUCAUUACGGUCUUCUAUUGGGCAUUUUUAUCCGGAUUAGCAGACUCUGAAGAAGUCGCUGGAUUAGAAUUUGCACCAAACAAAGUGCUGGAUAUCUUCAUCCACGCCAUAAACAGUGUGGUGAUGUUAUUACUACUGCUAACAGCUCGUCAUCCCAUGUUCUUACUACACUUCUAUAAUGUGUUUGGCGUUGCCCUGAUCUACAUGUUCUUCAGUAUUAUUUACUGGGCAGCCGGCGGCACUGACCAAUUCGGACACACCUUUAUCUACCCCAUGUUAGACUGGGAGCAGCCGGCUGUGGCAUCAAUAGCUGUAGUAUUAUGUGCUGCUCUUAUCAUAAUAGUUCAUGUAAUCAUUACCUUGCUAUCUGUAGCAAGGGAUGCCCUUGGAAAACGGUAUCGAAAUGAUAAUUCUAUAGAUUUUUCGAGUAAUAUGUACAGUUAA